CUUUUGCAAAACGAUUGGGCUGCACCUUUGAAUUUUUACUCGUUUUUCGUUAUCUAUAAAACGUUUGAGGCACUCUACACUAACAGAUCUGGCUUAUAAUAUUACUGUGAUCAUACGCUGUCACUUUACCCGAACCGGUACCUACACCGUUAGUGCCGCAAGCAUUUCUUAUCUGUUGCUCAAACAUUCUGCGAACGUUCAUCAAAUAAUAAAGCUAUUAAUUAAUUGAUAUUCUGCAGUUUACGCCGAAAAACAAAGAUGAAUCAGUUUACCUUCAAAGGUUUAAUGGCUCCUGUAUUUACAGCCUAUCAUAGUAACAAAAAUAAAUCGGUCAACUGUGAAGUAAUCGAUUCAUAUGCAAAGUACCUCAAACAAAAAAAAGUUGAAGCGGUUCUUGUUAAUGGGACAUCAGGAGAAGGAAUGCUAAUGAAUGUCGUUGAAAGGAAACAAGUUACCGAGGGCUGGAAAAAAGCUUGUGAUGCAAAUGAUAUCGUACUGAUGGUGCAGAUCGGAGGAGCUCCUUAUCCAGAUGUGGUGGAGCUGGCCAUACACGCUGAAAAGCUUGGAGUAGAUGCUGUAUUGUGUCUUCCAGAAUUAUACUUUAAACCAAAAACUCCUGAAAAGCUAACGGAAUAUUUGAAAAAUGUAGCAAUCAAUUGUCCUAACACCCCUUUCUUCUAUUACCAUAUUCCAAUGUUUAGUGACGUGAAUAUACACAUGCCAACGUUUCUCGAUAUGGCUGAAAAGUCGAUACCAAAUUUGCGUGGAAUUAAAUAUACUAGUGGAGAUUUGGACCAGGGAUCGGCUUGUCUAAAGCCUGGACGUUGCAUUUUUCUCGGAGCUGACUCGAUACUGUGCGGUGCAGUUGCAGCAGGAUUUGAUUCUUUCAUAAUGACAACUUUGAAUAUUUAUCCAGAAAUUUCUUACGAAAUAAUCAAUUGUGUCAAUAAUGGAGAAUUACAAGCGGCACGUGACAAACAAAAGGAAUUGAAUACAAAAAUAUCUAAUAUUUUGAAACAUGGAGACUGGGUAACAGGAAUGAAGAAGGCUUUUAAUGAAACUUGCCAUUUGAAUUUGGGGGAAACACGAGCGCCAUUAACAUAUAAUAAAAUUACAGAAUGUUAACUACAGUUAAAAAAAUCGUAGUCGUAAGUCGUAAAAAUGUAACUAUUUCUUAUAAAAAGAA